AUCGCAGCUGGUUAGCUCCUUAGCUUACUCGGCGAGUUAGCGUUGAGAAAUUGAAACGAUAAUGGCUUAAAGGGGUGAUUAGAUGCCGUCCAAGGGGAAAGGACCGCUGCAGCAGAUCCACAGAGAGGUGGACGACAUGAGGGUGCAGCUGGAGAGUCUGUUGAAAGAUGUUAAGGGUGAAGUGGAAACCAAAGAAGAGUCCUUUAGGAGAUGCCAAGAACUUCAGAUUUCCGCAGAGAAAACACUGAAGAAUCUGACAAAACUGACCAAGGCCGAUGAGAUUGCUCCUGUGGGCAACUACGACCAGAGGAAACUAGAGGAGCAAGGACGACUGCAUAACGUCCUGGAGCAGCUGAACAAAGUCUCCGUGCGGCUCUCACCACCGGGACCCAGCACGGAGCCACCAUCAGGUGAUGCCCAGAAGGAAGAUGUCGAGGAUGGAGCUGAAGACAGCGAUGAGGACGAUAGCGAUGAAGACACCGCCGAUAAGGUCGACAGCCCCAAAGACGAGAGUCAAGCAUCUACUGCACCGCCGCAAUCGGAACCUUGUAUCUACACGGUGCUCAGUGAUUUCAAAGGCGACCAGGAAGGAGAUUUGACUGUUCAGGUGAUGUGAUGUGUUUAUAUUGGGGUUUGAAACUGGUUCCAAACUGGUACAUACUUAUAGUGACUUCCAACUUAGUCAUUUAAUCUUUAUAGAGCUCAUUGAUACAAUUCUUAUUUUUAAAAUAAAGCAACUCUUUCUUUCUAAUCCC